AUGGCAUGUGCGAGAGAAUUAGAGACUUUGCCCAUCAAGGCAGCACAUCCAACUCAACAGGUAGCUUUUUUCGGACCUUACGGCUCUGAUUAUUCUGCUGACUGGGAAGCAGAAGUUUCCAAUUACCUUGAAGAGAACAUAGCAUCGUUUGAAGUGUUUAGUUCAAGGUUGUUGCAGUCAAUUGUUCAGCGCGAAAGUGAACUGUGUCGCGCAUAUGCAUUACCUUCGAGUCCUAUUACCCUGCCAAAUAUCGACUGCGUCUAUGACCAGGAGAUUCAAGUUUUUCGCGCUACUUACGAAGAUUUGCUCAUGGACCUGGAGGAUCUCAAAUGGUUUGAAAGAGUUAACUUCAUGGCAAUUACAAGGAUAUUCGCCAAGAUCAGCAACAACAGCAACGAUGAAGGAGCUUUUGAACAGCAGCACUCUCGAUGGCUGGCUGUGCAGCGGAGCCUAGAUGAGACUUCGGCUAAAACCUUGGGCCGAAUAAAAAGACUUGUGACAGAGAUACUUGAGGUACUCUCUCGAACUCGACAUGCUACUCAAUCUUGGGGAAUCGCUAGUCUAUUGAGCCAUCGACUCUCCGACAAGGCUACGCAAGAUAUGAUAUACGAACUUUUCAUGAAUGACCAGCAUGCUCUGAUAGAGACACAUUUUCUUUCAGGGAAGUCCUCGGAAGUUAUUACAACUACUGAUUCUAGGCGCAUUGUUGGCAAAAUCUAUCGCAUCGCGGCAGUUAUGGGUGCAAAGAAGACGACAAAAAUGGCACUGGAAGCUAUGUUGCGUGAGGAGGUUAGUGCAGAGCAAGUCUUUUCUUGCAUGGAGACAUGGGAAAUGAUGCUUAAAGCCUGCUUGUAUCAAUCUCAUAAUAUAAGUAUGGAGAUGGAUCUUUUUAGUGAACAUUUGAGCUCGGUGCUCGACUCACUGGGCUCGAAAGCUCUAGAUCUUUUGCAACAAGAUUACCGUGGGGGUCUUCUUUUGCACCACAUGGCAAAGCGCAACCUAACUUCACUCUGUGAAGUUAUUUCGUCAGUUUGCCUUCGCGAAGAUGCAGAAGUUUCAGCUGAAAUACUGGUCUCAAUCGACUGUUAUGGGAAAACACCACUCCACUACGCUGUCGACGCCAGGAACUUAUCGAUGCUCGUUACAUUUCUUAACACGCUGUAUCGACUAGGCAUCGAUGAGAAGAUAAUGAGAAGAGUGAAAACAACUAUUGGGGAUGUCUUUGUCUCCUCUGUGAGGUCUGGGGCGGACCAGAUGGUAGAGACGAUCAUGGAACACGACUUCGAUAUUCAACACCAGUCGUCCAGGGGUGAAACAGCGCUCUAUUGUGCCGCUAGAGUAGGGGAUGUGCAUUUGAUCCGGAGCAUUGCACUUCGAGUACAUGGACACGAGUUUGCUAUUGACGUCACCGAGAAGACUCGAGGCUGGACACCACUAAUAGUGGCAUGUGCGAAUGGCCACACGCUCGCCGCUGAACUUCUUUUGCUGGCUGGUGCCGAGCCAAACAUCCAGGAUGCUCGAGGAUGGACAGCCCUGGAGCACGCGAUAUUUCGAGGUCACCAUACUGUUGCAGAACUUUUGAAAUCUGAGCAAACCACCAUUUUGCAUGACGGUCCCGCCGCUGCUGUCAGAGCACUCUGCAAGGAGACCCGUUCGCUUUGCAACGCAGACGAAAAAAUGAUAAUUGUACAUCUCGGAAGUACCCAAGGUGGACAUAGUCAACCUGCAAUUCGACUGGACCGGUCCAAUCGCAUUGGGCAUGAUAGGCACCAUCAGGAACUCCCUUUGGAGUUGCACAUAUCCAUCUCAGGGUCAGAUUCCGCUGCCAGAGUCAUCCAUCUACCAAUACUAGAGGACCAGCUGCACAGACCGCUUGUUUUCAAGAACCAGCAUUGCAUACCGUUUCGACUAACGCUCAAAUUAUAUCGCUGCGAAUCGAUCGACUCGAAGGUCCUGAUUAGCAGUGGCACAUCUCUUCUAGAUGACGAUGGCCUGCUGGGAGAAAAAUACGAGAGCCUAAUCCGUGAACGAUCUAUUUACUUAAUAGAUUUGGAAAGCUCAAGCCAAACCGGAGCAGUCCUGCUGAGCUAUGUUGUCGUAAAACCAUUCGCUGAUCUCAAACAACCCAAAACCCCCAACCCUCUCAUAUCUACGAGCAACUCGGUUCAACUUGUUGGCCAUAGAGGGUUUGGCCAGAAUGUGGCAGGUCCGUCAUCACUCCAACUGGGGGAAAAUACAUUUAUGUCAUUUCUAUCUGCUGCGAAAUUUGGUGCAUCGUUCGUUGAGAAACACACUCUUGCGGACCGAUCACGGCCUAAUGGUUUAAUAGAUUUACAAGUAACACGAGACUUGGAGGCUGUUGUGUAUCACGAUUUCUCUCUGAGUGAGUCAGGCACAGAUAUACCUAUCCACGAUGUCACCAUUGCGCAGUAUCGACAUGUAGACGAGCAACAAGGGCCUCGACGAUCAGUUCCGGGUAUCGCAGACGAGAAUGCCAAGCAUCCAUGUUGUCACCAGCAGAAGCCUCGUUCCUGGUCCUCGGGAGAGCAAUCCCUUGCAAAAUCAGCCCAGCUUCGAGAAAAUCUUCAGUAUACGUUGGACUUCCAAACUAAAGGGUUCAAGCCAAACAGCCGUGGGGACGUUAUUUAUGACUCUCUAACCACACUGGAAGAGUUGCUCAUCAAGCUUCCACUAGGAGUUGGCUUCAACAUAGAAAUAAAGUAUCCUCGCAUUCAUGAAGCAACUCAAACUGGAGUUGCCCCGGUCGCCCUCAAAAUCAAUACAUUUAUCGACAUAGCACUUACAAAAAUCCAGCAAUAUGCCGGGGAAAGACAGAUAAUCCUUUCAUCCUUCACCCCCGAAGUGUGCAUUCUCCUUUCGCUUAAACAAGCAGCGUAUCCUGUUAUGUUCAUCACUAAUUCAGGUAAACUCCCUGCACAAGAUAAAGAGUUAAGAGCUGCAAGUCUUCAGGCCGCAGUACAUUUCGCCCGGCUGUGGAAUCUUUCUGGAAUUGUAUUUGCUUGCGACACCUUUCUCCAUUGCCCUAGACUUGUGAGGUUUGUUAAAAAUAUGGGCUUGGCAUGUGCCUCAUAUGGCCCGAUGAACAGUAGCCCUGUCAAUGCAAGAAUUCAGGUGGCCGCUGGCAUCGACAUGCUAAUCGUAGACAAAGUCCGGCUCAUUGCGAAUGAACUUAAAGAACAUGCAGCCUCUGACAAUUCUUACCAACGCGCUUGA